GGAGACUGACUCAGAGCAGCUGCAAGCCGGAUGAAUUCCUGUGUGGGAAUGGGAAAUGUAUCCUGAGCACAUGGAGAUGUAAUGAUAUGGAUGAAUGUGGAGAUAACUCUGAUGAGCAUGAUUGUCAGCUCUCUCCGACCAUGCCACAUACAAGCCAGUGUUCAGCUAGAACUUUCCAUUGCCUGGUUAGUGAUGUCCCCCAGUGCCUCUCGAUGAAAGUUCGGUGCGAUGGCAGCAUGGAUUGUGACCAGGGGACGGAUGAGGAAAAUUGUCCUGAUACCAGCUGUGGCAAGAGAAUGGGCAAUUUCUAUGGUUCGUUUGCUUCACCUGACUACUUCCGGUCGCAGCAAGACCGGGCACAGUCGGACUGUGUGUGGGUGGUGGACACUCAGGACAGCAGGCACAUUGUACUGCAACUGAACCUACAGUUGGGCUACAAUGAUAAGGUGCAUGUGUAUGAUGGAGCAAGCAAGCAGCAGGGCAGACUGCUUCAGGCAUUGUCAUUCCGUAAUAAUCGGCACACUGUCACCAUUGAGUCCUCACAAGGUCAAAUCACCGUCUUCUACCAUACUGACCCUGGCAGCACAGGCCAUGGUUUCAAUGCCACAUACCAGGUGAAAGGCUACUGCCUCCCACAAGAGCACCCUUGUGGGAAUGAUGGGGGCUGUUUUGCAGACACUCAGCGCUGUGAUGGUUGGUGGCACUGUCCGAAUGGCAAGGAUGAGGAGAACUGUGCUGCCUGCCAAAAGGAUGAAUAUCCGUGUGGGGGCACCAGUGGCAUGUGCUACCCACUGGCAGACCGCUGUAACAACCAGAAGAACUGCCCUGAUGGCUCUGAUGAGAAAAACUGCUUCUCCUGCCAGCCUGGGAAUUUCCACUGCGGUACCAAGAUCUGCAUCUUUGAGCAGUGGCGUUGUGAUGGCCAGGAGGAUUGCCAGGAUGGCAGUGAUGAACAGAACUGCCUGGUGGUGGUGCCAAGGAAAGUGAUCACAGCUGCCCUGAUUGGAAGCCUGAUAUGUGGCCUCCUGCUGGUCAUUGCCUUGGGCUGUGCUUUCAAGCUGUACUCCCUCAGGACCCGCGAAUACAGGUACCACAGCCAGAGCUGUACAUCUCCAUCACAGUCACACACACUGUUGGGUUUCAGUAAAAAAUAA